ACCUGCAGCCAGGGCGGACCGCGGGAAUGGCGCGCUCCCGGCUGCUGCGCCUGGCGCUGGCGCUGCUGCUGCUGCUGGCGGGACCCAGAGACUCCUCGCUCACAAGCCAGGACACAGGGAAGCGUGGAGCCUCUCGAUCGCCCGUGACCAGUGUCGGCACGGUUCCUGUUGAAGAAGAACUGUUAGCAGGAGGAGAGACAAAAGGCUUAAGCCGAGGAGCCCGUGACACAAACACAAGUCCAGAGCCAGCCUCUGAUUCCACCACCUCAAGUCCAGAGCCAACCUCAAACUCCACCACCUCAAGUCCAGAGCCAGCCUCUGACUUCACCACCUCAAGUCCAGAGCCAGCCUCAAACUCCACCACCUCAAGUCCAGAGCCAGCCUCAAACUCCACCACCUCAAGUCCAGAGCCAACCUCAAACUCCACCACCUCAAGUCCAGAGCUAGCCUCUGACUCCACCACCUCAAGUCUGGAAACCACGCCCCCUCUAGACUCCAGUUCCACAGAACCAAAACCAGGUUCAGCCUCCCCAGAGCCAGCAACAGCCUCUCUCCCAAGCCCUGGCUCCCCCGGCUCCGAGAUGACCACCGUGUCCCAGUCCACGAACUUGGCUUCGCAAGGGUCACCCACUGCACCCAACCCUGGCCAGGAUUCAGGCAGCCUGUGGAUCGCUCCGUCACACAGGAACCCAGGUGUGGUGAUCGCCGUGUGUCUGCUUGUGUCUGUCUUACUGAUAGGCUGUGUGCUCACUGCCGUGAGGCACUACAGUCGAGACGUGCCGUCUUUUCAUAAUCUGGAUACGGUCUCCAUGGGCAGUGUGAGCCAGAGGCUGCCGUUCGCUGACCGCCUACAGUCCUGAUCUCAGAGGCCCAGAGUCCUGCGGGCUGACACGGGGAAGAAGAGUGGCUGAAAAGUCCUCCCUGCACUGACCCGGGGAAGCCUGUGGCAGGAGGAUAGCUGCCCAGGGGUUUCAGGCUAGUUUGGCCCACACAGCUAGUACCCAACUCAAAAAUUAAGUCAGUCCGGGGUGAUGGAACAUGCCUGUCAUCCCUGUACUUGAGAGGUAGAGACAGGAGAACCAAGUGUUCAAGUCCACCCUGAGCUACGUAGGGGGUUUGAGGUCAACCUUGGCUACAUGAGAGCUUGUCUUCAAAAACUGGGGGCUGGAGAGAUGGCUGAGCGAUUAAGAGCACUGGCUGCUCUCCCAGAGGACCGGGUUCAUCCCUGCACCCACAUCGCAGCUCACAGCCAUCUGAAAUUCCAGUUCCAGGGGAUCCAAUGGCCUCUUUUGGCCUCUGCACUCACCAUGCCCACAGGUAAUACACAGAUAUACAUGCAGGUAAAACACAUUAAAAAAUUAAAGAUAGGGCUGGAGAGAUGGCUCAGUGACUAAGAGCCCUGUCCUUCCAGAGGUCCAGAGUUCAAUUCCCAGCAACCACAUUGUGGCUCACAACCAUCUACAAUGAGAUCUGGUGCACAUAUGCAGGCAAAGCAUUGUAUACAUAAUAAAUACAUCUCUUUAAAAAAAAUUAAAUGUAAACUAAAGUUCUCAUUAUUCA